UCAUUCUCCUUUCCCCGGAAAAACAUUUUCUUUUAUUCUCCUUCGAUUUUGAUCUCAAGUUUCUAAUCCCAAAAACCCAACUCACUUAUCUCUUUCUUUCGUGCAACACAAUUCUUUUUCUUUGUACUGUUGCAGAAUCGAAGUUAUCCUUUAUACUGUUUCGGAGGGUUCUUGAAUCUUUAAAGGUUCCAUUUUGAUAUCAUACAUCAGGGAACUUCAUUAAUUCAAUUGGUCUUGGAAACAGGUUUGGAAAUUUGGGUUGGCCUUUUCCUUUUUGGUUUUGCCAUAGUUGGUUUACUGUUCAGGGAAAUUAGCACGGGAGAUUGUAGAUAUUAGAAUUGAAAUUGAAAAAGAAAAGAAGAAUGUUGGGUGAAUUCAUAAUCAGAUUGCUCAUGUUGAUUCUUGGAUAUGCAUAUCCAGCGUUUGAGUGCUUUAAAACGGUGGAGAAAAACAAAGUGGAGAUGCAGGAACUCAGAUUUUGGUGUCAAUAUUGGAUCCUUUUGGCCUUCCUGACAGUCUUUGAGAGGAUAGGGGACAUAUUCAUUUCAUGGUUGCCAAUGUAUGGGGAGUUGAAGCUUACGCUUUUAAUCUAUUUAUGGUAUCCUAAAACCAAGGGAAGCGAUUAUGUAUACGAUACCUGGUUGCGGCCUUACAUGGCAAGACAUGGAACAGAAGUAGACAAAAAGGUACAAGAGGUGAGAGGUAGAGCAUGGGACUUGGCGUUGUAUUACUGGCAAAAUUGCACUGAAUUGGGGCAAUCUAAAUUCUGGGAAAUGCUUCAAUCACCCAGCUUAAACAUGAAAAAGAGUAAGAAGACAAUCAACCGUUCAACCGCAGAAUCAGGCAACUCAGGAUACGAGAUUCCAGACUCCCCAAGUCAUUCCGGGAUCUACCAAGCUCUUCUAAAGCUUCGUCGUACCAAACCACACAAUUAACUAACGCAAUAUGUAUGAAAAGAUCCCCGAAAGUGCAUACAGGAAAAAGAAAAGUCUGAAAUUAAAUUCAUUCAUUUGUUUUCCUUUGUAAUAUAAACUAUGGUUCUACUUUAUAUAAGAAUGUUCCUCCAGUUUCAAAA